CCAUUAAUACGUGUAAUGGAAUAUAGCAAGGACACUAGGACAGACUAUAUCAGUAUAAAUUGGACUAUCCAAAAUGACUCCAAAGUCCAAACCUUAGCGUGAUAACCAGAGAAAACCAACAAAGAAACUCAGAAAUGGCUAUUCCAGUGAUUGAUCUGAAUCAAUUUCCAGACUCUGAAGAGUACAAAAAACUGAGGGAAGCAUCAGAGGAAUGGGGUUGCUUCAGGCUAGUCAACCACAAGAUCCCAUUGUCUCUCAUGUCAGAGAUGAAGAUGGUGGUCAGAUCUCUUCUUGAUCUGCCCAUGGAGAUUAAGAAGAACAACACUGAUGUCAUAGCUGGCAGUGGCUACAUGGCGCCCAGCAAGGUCAACCCUCUCUAUGAGGCUUUGGGUCUCUAUGACUUGGGAUCAUCUCAGGCUGUGCAGACCUUUUGCUCUCAGUUGGAUGCUUCUUCCUACCAGAGAGAGGUGAUAGAGAAGUAUGCAGGAGCAAUUUAUGAGCAGAUAGUGGAUAUAGGGCAUAAGUUGGCAGAGAGUCUCGGUUUGAAGACCGGUUUUCUUAAUGGGUGGCCUUGCCAGUUCAGGAUAAACAAGUAUAAUUUCACUCCUGAAUCCGUUGGAUCUUGCGGAGUUCAGAUGCACACAGAUUCGAGUUUUCUGACAAUUCUUCAAGAUGAUGAAAAUGUUGGAGGUCUUGAAGUGAUGAGCAAGUCUGGUGCUUUUGUACCAGUUGAUCCUUGUCCAGGCACUCUCGUUGUCAAUCUUGGAGACAUUGCUAAGGCUUGGAGCAAUGGGAGGCUGUGCAAUUUGAAGCACAGAGUUCAAUGCAGGGAGGCCACCAUUCGAGUCUCCAUUGCUACCUUUCUGUUGGGACCAAAGGAGGAAGCAUUGGAAGCUCCUCCAGAAUUUGUUGAUUCGGAGCAUCCGCGUCUCUAUGUCCCUUUCACUUAUGAUGAUUUCAGAAAGCUCAGAGUCUCCAAAAAAUUGCAUGCUGGUGAAGCUCUAGAACUUGUGCGCAUCAAGUCUUAAUUGACUGAUAUGAUCCAAGCUAGUUGGCAUAUGUCAGCCUGCCUCUUAGAAGUUGACUAAAUAAUCCAUUGUAGACCGUACCUGUAUUAACGGUACUUGUCUAAUUAUGAAUGGUCAAGUCAGAUUGGUUC